UCCAGACUGCCUGGGCCUUUGCCUCGGACUUCGAGAUGUACCACAACAGUAGCCAGAAGCGGCACUGGACUUUUGCCAGUGAGGAGCAGCUGGCGCGACUGCGGGCCGAUGCCAACCGCAAAUUCAAAUGCAAAGCAGUGGCGAACGGCAAGAUGCAGUGGGUUCUUCCAAAUGACCCAGUCUUUCCUGAGCCUCAUGAAGAAAUGACACUCUGCAAGUAUUAUGAGAAAAGAUUAUUGGAAUCCUGUUCAGUGUUUAAGCCAGCAAUGUCAAGGUCUGUUGUGGGCACAGCUUGUAUGUAUUUCAAGCGCUUUUAUCUUAAUAACUCAGUAAUGGAAUAUCACCCCCGGAUAAUAAUGCUCACUUGUGCAUUUUUGGCCUGCAAAGUGGAUGAAUUCAAUGUAUCUAGUCCACAAUUUGUUGGAAAUCUGCGGGAGAGUCCUCUUGGACAAGAGAAGGCACUUGAACAGAUUUUGGAAUAUGAAUUACUUCUUAUACAGCAACUUAAUUUCCACCUUAUUGUCCACAAUCCUUAUAGACCCUUUGAGGGCUUUCUCAUUGAUUUAAAGACUCACUAUCCCAUGUUGGAGAAUCCAGAGAUUUUGAGGAAAACAGCUGAUGACUUUCUUAAUAGAGUUGCAUUGACAGAUGCUCACCUUUUAUACACACCUUCCCAGAUUGCUCUCACUGCCAUUUUACCUAGUGCAUCCAGAGCAGGAAUUUCUAUGGAAAGUUAUUUAUCAGAAAGUCUGAUGCUAAAAGAGAACAGAACUUGCUUGUCACAGGUAUUAGAUAUAAUGAAAAGCAUGAGGAACUUAGCAAAAAAAUAUGAACCAUCCAGACCCGAAGAAGUUGCUGUUCUGAAACAGAAGUUGGAGAGAUGUCACUCUGCUGAGCUUGCACUUAACAUAAUUACGAAGAAGAGGAAAGGUUAUGAAGAUGAUGAUUAUGUCUCAAAGAAAUCCAAACAGGAGGGUAGCUUUAUGUGA